GUAAGUAAGCGUGAAUGUGAGGUCCGGAACUCGAGGCCAGGUAUCAUGACUAGCAAGAAAGGUACAAUAGCAGACAAGUGGUUCUUAGAAGGGGAGCCCGUAAAGGUUGAAAAAUGGGACGGCUCGAAGGUAAAACACGCACUCGACGAUGCAGCGAAGAAGGUUAUGGGCCAGUUGGGAUACGACGAGAGCCACGAAAUGACCGACAAGAGGCUGGCCAUUUGUACACUGGCAUGUGCGUUGUCCCUGAUUGGACUCGUCUAUGAUUAUUUUUUCCCUUUUCCGGCAUCAAAGUAUGUGCUGGGUUUGUGUGCGGUGGGUUACUUCUCUCUGAUGGUCGUGUUUACCAUUUUCGUGAGUCUCGUAGAAAAGAACUACAUCUAUUGGGGGAUUCAAAGGGACAAAGCGGGUCUGGGCCCUUUACAUUACUGGUCUGUUCAAUCAACACUGAAGCGUUACGAGCAUAUGUACACGAUUGUGGUUGCCUUCCAUCACGGCAAUACAAAACAACGUACUGAAGCCGAACUGACCAAAUCUAUUGGUGUCUGGUUCGAUACGGAUGGCGUUCUGCUAGAACAAGAGGUAGACAAAGACAUCAGGAGUCUGCAUUCUCGCAUCCUAGCAACAAGGAAAGAGCAAAAGCAAGAGUAGUUGCAGUAGAGACAGCCGACUUGUUCUGUCUGUUUCAAAUUGUUUCUGGGGAACGUAAUAGAAACAGAGAAAACUAAAAUGACUGCCGCAUCAAUUCUAUA